UUUCUUAUUUCGCCGUUCUAGGAGGAAGCUCUAAGUUAACUUUUCAACGCGUAAAUAGUUCGCGGCGAGGCGAGCUCGCUGCGCGAGUCUGUUUCGCGUCUGAAGACUUUUGAUUGCGCAUUUACCUCGAAUUUCCAACAGAUAUCGUAUUCUCGGACGAAGUAUUUCCGAUACAAAACGACAGUCGUCUCUAUCGUUCUCGCGAAUCUUUUGGCACGACGAAUAAGCUCUGCCAGGCGAAUAGAAAUUUCAAUAAAUAUCUCCAUCGUCGAAGAGUGUUUAGUGUGCGUGCGUUUCAAUUUUUCGCGUGUAUGCGUGCGUAUUUGUCUCCCUCGCGUGCACGAGACCGGAAGAGUCGGCCCAGAAUCGGCCGAAAGAGAGAGAGACGGAACAACGCGCGUGUAUGUGUGUUCGGCGGCGGAGAGCGUGUCUCGUCUCCUGGUAUAUGAGCGCGCGCGCGCGCGCGCGCGUUUCUGCUUGCUACGAUUGGAAGUAAAAGAGAAAGAGAGGGAUAGGCGAUGCGAGAAGGACCGCUGACAAAGUUAGAGGAGAGAAAAAGAAAGAUAUAGAAAACGUUAAAAAGGUAGCUGGGUUGUAGCACGCGCGCGCGCACGACGGAGAGAGAAGUGUGUCGCGACGUCCUAAGGAGUAGAAGAGCUUUCUUUUUCCUCCUUUGUAAGAGGAAUUUGUAAGAGGAUCGAAGUAAAGAAGACGAAGACGAAGGAGGAAAGAGAUAGAGAGAAAGCACGACUGGGUGGGGGUGUCGAAGCCGUAGAGGCGUGCGAGAGGGAGAGAGAGAGAGAGAGAGAGAGAGAAUACCGAGCGGAAGAGUAGUGGAAGGAUGCAAACGGUGCUGUGUAAACACGCGUCCUGGGUUGCGUCUGGGUUGCAGUUGGACGUACGAGAAUCCUGAGUUCGAUCCGUUUCUCUCUUAGGUUGUACCGAGGCACACCACAAAAGAAGGGAAAACGGUGAAAAGGAAAAGCGAAAAGUAACGGUGAAACGGGAUAAUAAAGGAGGAAGAAGAAAGAGGCGGAGGAGGAGGAAGAGGGAGUGGGAGAGGGAGAAGUCGGCCGAGCAACGGCGUCAGGUGACGCGCAUUGCUCCAUACAGCGAGUAAGCGCGCCUAUAUAUGAAUUCGUUUUACAAAUGACGGUGUAUCGUGGCGAACGACUUUGCUGUUGUUGUUGCUGCUGCUGCUGCUGCUGCUGCUGCUGUCGCUGGCUGGAUAAUUGGUCGUCGUCGUCUACUUAGCUGAGAUCGUAAAAGCCUCGGCGAGAUGCAUCGUAGGGUGGGAUACAGCAACUACGAUGGCAAGAUCGCGGGCCUUUACGACCUGGAAGAGACUCUUGGUCGUGGACAUUUUGCUGUGGUUAAGCUAGCUCGACAUGUCUUUACCGGGGAGAAGGUUGCAGUGAAGGUCAUAGACAAGAGCAAACUCGACGAGAUAUCUAGGGCGCAUCUUUUCCAAGAGGUGCGAUGCAUGAAACUGGUGCAACACCCGAACGUGGUGAGACUGUACGAGGUGAUAGAUACGCAGACGAAGCUGUACCUGAUCUUGGAGCUGGGCGAUGGCGGUGACCUUUACGACUACAUCAUGCGCCACGACAGUGGACUCAGCGAAGAGGUGGCCAGGACGUAUUUUCGACAGAUAGUCCGUGCUAUAUCUUAUUGUCAUCGGCUGCACGUCGUUCACAGGGAUCUCAAGCCGGAGAACGUUGUCUUCUUUGAGAAACUUGGUACUGUCAAACUCACAGACUUUGGUUUUAGCAAUAGAUUUUGUCCUGGUCAAAAGCUCGAAACUUCCUGCGGUUCUUUGGCUUACUCGGCACCCGAAAUACUUCUCGGCGACAGCUACGAUGCUCCUGCAGUUGAUGUCUGGUCGCUCGGAGUGAUACUUUACAUGCUGGUCUGCGGGCAAGCACCGUUUCAAGAGGCAAACGACAGUGAGACAUUGACCAUGAUCAUGGAUUGCAAGUAUUCCAUUCCAGCACACGUCUCCGAAGAUUGUAAACGUUUGAUCGCUAGAAUGUUAGUUAGAGAGCCCGAAGGAAGAGCCUCUCUCGAAGAGAUAGCCUCUGAUACUUGGUUAGCUAUAGGAUUGGACACGGAUUCCGUGGAAGCGUUACCUCUAGUUUCUCGUCAACAAGUAUCCGACGAUCAUCAUAAUCUUAUUAUUACUAAAAUGGUUAACGGUAACAUUGCCACCAAGGAAGAAAUAUUAGAAGCGUUAGACAAGAACGAGUAUAAUCACAUAACGGCGACGUAUUUCCUGCUGGCCGAGAGAAAAUUGCGAGCUCAUAGACAGGAACAGGUGCAGAAGGCGCGCCCCGAGAUACUUGAUGUUUCUCCCAGCAGACAAGAGGAGGCAACGACGAAUCUUCACGCUAAUCAAAAUUUACUUGGUACGGUGAAUCAAUCGUUGCUGAGUGUUCCACGCACGCCUGGUGACGUACCUCAGCUUUCCUGCCGUAGGAAAAAAAGAUUCCUAUUCUCGUUGCAGAACGUACGUACGAGAAAGUGCAGCAUCGUGCAAGAGGAGGAAGACGAGGACGACGUUUCCUCGUGUUCCGGAAGAGAAGAACGUGGUAGCAACUCGACCUUGAACUCGUUCAAUCGUCGUGGCUCUCGUUCGGAAGGGAAGCUCUCUCAUAUUCUGCAGGAAAGGCUGGGACAACUCCCAGAGAAACAUCCUGGGCACAAAGUAGUAGCGACAGCCAGGCUCGCGACUCAACAAGAUUCCUCGAGCAAUGCCGCUGUGCCUGAUCGAGAAGAAUCAAAGUUAAAGUCGUUUACGAAGGACGCCAAAUUUGCCGAUGCAUCCUCGAAUCGUCGUUCGAACGUAACCGUCGUUGUACAGCAGGACGACAACGUGGUAUUCGAAAAAGUAAUACCUGGUGCGACGAAAGUAUCCUCGAUCUUCGAUGAAAGUUUAAAGUCUAAAUUUAGUACCUCGAUCGUUCAGUCGCCAGGUUGGUCGAAAAAGCCAGGGAGCGUCGAGAGUAGACCGAAAUCCGUGACCGAAUGUACGAGACCUUUAGGGCCUGUUCCAGCGAAUAAAUGGAGAAUGGGUGCACAGCAUAGAUCGACAGGACAUAAUUUGGAAGCGUCCGCGAUGUCGCCAGCUGUCUCUAGACCGUCUGAUUUAAUUUCCACGACGACGACAACGAUUCUAACGGAAUCGUCGACGGUCUCGAUUCCUCUUCGUUCGAGCACGCACGACGAUCAUCAAUCCUCAAUGCCAAAAUAUAAGACGAUGCCGUCGCCUGGUAGUACAGGCUCCAUGUCACCGCCGCAAUUAACGUUGAACGAGAUACUUGAGGACGGAGACGCGAUGCAGGCUACGGUGGGUUCGAGCGAGUGCACCAACAACAACGCUUCUGCCGCCAAGUGUAGGGUAGUAAGACGGACGGGAUACGAGCAGAGAAGGAGCAAGUUCCAUAAAACUAGAACGGCUUCGUGUUCGAGCUCGGACGCGAGCGACGACGACAGCGAGAGUAGAAAGAAGAGAGCGCAUAAGCUCGGCGCGACGACGGAGAAGCCUCUGCCACCUAGGCGAGAUAGUCACGACGAUUCUAGCGAUUCUCAGGAUCCUGGAGGGAGCGGAGGUGGGGGCGGAGGAGGAGGAGGAGGUAGCGGCAUUGGAAAUGGGGAACAUACUACGAGCGAAGCGCCAUCGAGUACAACCGAUACUAAUCGUAACGAUGGUGGUGGCACUACGAACACGACAACUAGCAAUACGACGGCCGGCGGAAGGCACAGAUCAACGGAAAAUCAAGUGGCCUUCGGGAGAAGACAUCGGGCAGGUAGAAGAAGAGCAGGCGAAACACGUUUGAGAGAAAGCCAGUCGUUGAAUCGAAUAACGGAGGUGCAAGAAGCCGAGGGCCCAUCGGCGGCCUGUCACAAUCAUUCUCACGUAUCUCGCAACUCGACGAUUUUAAACGUCCAAAACGUUUCAACCUCGUCCUCCUCGAUAUCCCAAAGUAGCACCGGAUCUCACGGUAUUAAUCAACCGUUAUCGCACGCUGCUACGACCGUACAAAAAGCUAAGGGCUUUGGCGCUAGACUUUUGCAGGGUUGGUCCCUCGGUAAAUCUAGUUUGUCGCAAGCUGUGAGUAGGCAGCAAGCGGAUAGCAAUUCCACUGCUAGAGAAAUCAACAGAAUGGAUCAACGAACAAAGUGUCAGACUGUCGAAAGUUGUAACGACGAUAGAAGAAAGGAUCUAAAUGGUGGUUUGAUCAAUAAUCAAACAGCUCCGAACGAAAAGGAAAAUCGUGGGGCCUCGGUAAACAGGAACGACUGCAAAAGUAGAAAAAUUCGUUUGCUCAGCCGUUACUUUGCGGUUCACAAGAAGCUCUGCGUACCUCUACCGGGUCUCUUCGGGAAGGGUCGACUUUACAAGGCUCGUUCUUGCGGUAACAUCGCACGCGAUCGUGUCAGUCCGCCCUCACCAAAGUCGGUGCUACUAUGUGCCGCCUCGGACGACAAAUGGCGAGAACGUCAUCAGUGGUGCGACACGAAGCAUCAGCAUCGUGGCAGCGACGGUGAUAUCAAUCAGAAUCUUGGUCUUGCUCAUCUCGUGCAGGAAAGAGUAGUUGGUAAAGGCUGUACCGGUAUGCCAGCCGUAUGUCAUAUUCAUUUGGGCGACGCCUCCAAAUGUUGCAGUCUUUGUUGAUGAACGCUCGAUCGAGACGAGCUAGAAAUUCCCAGUGUGAUUUUUUUUUAUUCUUCCUGACGGUAGGAUUUUAAUCUCAGGAGGAACCAGUUUGUUCGUUCUAUCGCCGCACCCCAUCCACAAACAUCCACCCAAACAUACACACAAAUGUGCGCGCGCGAAUCGCGAGUCCUUUUUCUACAAGGACCCUUCGUCGUUGCUGAUGAAUGAUUACGUUGCUUCGACAUUUUUAAACACACUUUGUUCGAACGUUCCAGAAAUUUCUCAAAUGACGAAGAACGUAAGAUAUAUACGCAAACACAUACACACACAUGCGCACACACACACACACACACACACACACACAAGCAUGUAUAUCUAUAUUUUUCCUCCCUCGUGGUGGUGACCCACGUAAAAUAAUGGCGGUUACGUUUACGACGCCAAACAUCUAUAUCCAAUCGUUCCUGAAUUAUCUUGAUACGCGAAUAUAGCUGAACGUUGCUGUUAGCGUUGAGAAGAGAAGGAUAAGAAAAAGAACAAAGAAAAAGAAAAGAAAUAAUGAUUAUCGAGCGUUUAUCGCGCUCGAUCCCUUCGUGGGAAGUGUAUCUAGUCCGUGUGAACAAGCCUGUAUUAAAUAUUGCAGAGUUUAUUAUUAUUAUUUUUAUUAUAUAUUAAAUAUUAUAUUAUAUUAUUAUAAUAAUAAUAAUUAUUAUUAUUAUUUGAUAUAGAUGAACAACGUGGAUAUUAACUCGUAUCGAGACGGCACGGUGUUCGAGAAUAAAUGAAAACAAAUAUUAAAGAAGAAGAAAAAGAAAUAUUCGUAUAGCUUCGGUACGUUUUGAGUCUCGGCAAUUCUCGAGGGUCUUCCUUCGUCUUUUCAUUUUACACGUCUCACGUCCAUUUUCCUAUACCGUUAUACGCCUUCUUUCCCUAUUACAUUCUCUCUCUUCUCCUUCUGUCGAGCUCGAAUCGCAAUUUAAAUUUUCCCUUCCUCCUUUUUAUCUUUUCCUAUGUUAUUUCGAGAGAAGAGAACCGAAUCGGAAAGAUAAUGUUUUCUUAACCAAAGCAGGACCUUGAAUUAUAAAGCUGUCGUAUUCAAGGGCAGGGGGGAGAGGGGAGGGGAAAACAAAAAAAGAAAAACAUAACAAUUAUAGAAAAGUACGUGCGUUACAAUUAUUUCAUUGGUGAUGGCUAUAACGACGCGCUCGAAAUUGAUUCUAUGUUUGUUUUAAUUUAAAAAAAAAAGAAAAAAAAAAAAAAAAAAAGAAAAAAAUACAAAUAAUAAAAAUUCGUAAUUGUAGAUAUGCUUGCCGGCCAAGCACAUUAGCGCAAUAGUGUCUAGGUUUUCCUUUUUUGUUUCUUUUUUCAUUGAUCUUUCUUUCUAAACGACACUCGUAGCCGUCGUUAUUGUUAUCGCAUUUUCGUGCUACGAUCGGUUAAAAAUUCCCGACGACGUGCUUACGAUUCGAUCGGCAACAGCCACAUAGAAAACAAUGCAUAGAUGAUUAAGCUGCAUUCACACCUAAAAUGUUAUAUUAGAUGUAUCCCCGGCUCCCCUCUUGUGUCCUUUAGGCGCAAUCGUGUAAAAUGUAUUUGUUUAGAAAGAAAGAGAGAGCAUGCGCGGUGCUUCGAGUACGUAAUUUGUACAUACAUAUAUAUAUAUAUAUAUAUAUAUAUAUAUAUAUAUAUAUAUAUAUAUAUGUGCCGAAGGCGAGGCCGAUUUAAAAUUUUUUAUUAAUUGACAUUAAUUUUUGCAAGGUGUCACCCGAUACACACACACACACACAGAGACACACAGAGGACACACAGACACACCCAUCGAGAGACGAGCUUGAAAAAAUUGUAUAACCAUUCGCUUGAAUUAUCGAAUGCUGGCCAUUCGAUUCAAAGGAUCGAAAUACAGACUCUUUGCUUAUUCCAAGGGAUAAUAUUAUAUAGUAUAUAUGCAUAUAUAUGCGCAUAAUCAAUUUUACAAUCCUUCUAAACAUAGUCACACAUACACACGAACAUUUAUUAUGUACAAGGAAUAGUUGUUUUCCUUUUUAUAUAUUUAUCACGGAAUGAUCUGCAAUGCUUAUCUUUUUUAGAUCGAAAAUGUUUGCGUCUAUUCCAUUUUUAUCGAGCGUGCGAAUUUCUGGAAUAGAGAAAGAGAUUAGAAUACAACAAAAUUUGGAUCUAUUAUCAAAAAUGAACACACGAAUCGUUUCUUAUUUUGGCUCGAAGAUCUCUCUAGUUUUUCCUUGUAUAAUUUCGAUUAAUGUACACAUAUAUACGUAUACAUAUACACACAUAUACUUACCAACUAUGUACGUCAAAUAUUAACUUGGAAAUAUGCGCAAAAUUAUUCAACUUCCUAACGACUAAGACUGAUGCUUUACGAGUUACUUCGAAUUGUUUAUUAAUUUACAACAUGUACAUUUGUAGUAUGUCGUGCGACGACCAUGGCUCGAUUGACGAAAUCAAUAAAAAAGAAAAUAUAGAGAGAAAGAGAGAAAGCGAACAAGAGUAGCGUCAAACGCUGAGUGCAAUUUAUCCAUCAGAGGACGAAGAGCGUUCUUCUUAGUCGUUAAUUUAGAGUUCCUUGGCCAAGAAAAAGAACAAAAAAUUCGGUCUCGCAGAAUUUUCCGGCCGAAGAAAUUGUGGCCACCUCAGAUCGACCAAGCAAUGUGACUGGAUAUUAAAAUAUCGUUUAUAUAACUAAUGAAUACGUAGAGAAGACGAUCUUUGCGAAUCUCAAAGUUUUUUUUUCUUUCUUUUUUUUUUUUUUUUUUUUUUUUUUUUUUUUUUUUCUUCUUUUCCCUUUUUCAUUGCAUCGAGGAAAAAAGAUUCCUCCCAAGAGAAUUACUUAGUAUUUUAUUUAUUUCUUUUUUUCUUCAUUUCCAUACGUCUCUCGUUUCGCAGCUGUGAAAAAUCGCGAAAUAUUCUUUGAAUUUACGAAUAAAAACCUUAAAUAUAUCGGACAAAAGUAAUAAUGAAAAAAGAAAACACAAGAUAGAAAAACGUGUAUUUUUGGUGUUGUCAAAAUCGUGACAAUAUUUUAAUGUUGUAUGCACGUAUGAAAAAUUCAAUGGAAACGAUUUUCCAAUGUUUUAUUUCUUAAAUUUUUAUAAUCCCUUCGACUUUUCAAAAGGAAACAAACAGCCUUUAUCUCGUUCGUUCUCGUGCAGACAUAUUUUUUUCUAAUUUUUCUUUCCACCGCGGGAGGACAAAAUUGUUUUCCUCGCGCAGUUUUAACUUUUCCGUAUUUACACAGAUAUGCGUUUUUUCUUCCGAGUUCGAACGAAAAGCUUUUCACUUGUUUAUUAUUUUUCGAGAGAUCGAAAAUCGUGUAAAUCACGAACGUUCCUUUUUCCUAUUUUUCUCUCUUUUUGUAACAGCAGAUAGUGUUAAAUCGUUCGAGAUUUAAAGACGAAUAAGAGGUGUUAAUUAAUCUACGCCCACGCGAAAUAAACCUUCACGGAUUAAUGUCGACCCGACUCUUACUGCCAGCUUUAUCAUUGUAAAACGGAUCCACUUACAUGCGUGUACCGCUAAAAGCUGUAAAACACAACCCGGUAUUCUCGUAAUUCAUACAUACAUACAUGCAAUAAUUGUGUGCCCGAAUCGAAUGGAAUAAAAGAAAAUAAAAGAAAAGAUACAAAAAAAAAAAAAAAAAAAAAAGGGAAUAAAUAAACCAAUAAAAAUGUUAGCUUUUAUGCUAAUAUAAUACGUUCAAGUACAUAUGCGCGUGUCCUAUUGUCUCUUCGUUCGUUCCUCCUUUAUUCUUUUUUUUUUUCUCUCUCUAUCAAUUCAAUAUCUUCACUCUCCUACAAUUAAAAAAAGUCUUUGGAUAUUCAUAUUAAUCGAGGAAAGAAAACGUACACGUGAGUAUAGAAACAAAUCGUAUAGAAUUGUAUUUUCCUAAACGUACAAUAAUAAUAGACGGCACUAACAGUAGUAGCUGUAACUCUAUAAAGUAUAAAUAAUAACAUUCUCUCAAUAUGCUCGUACGAUUCCAGAGUCUCAAUGUCGUAUUCUCACCCAUGAACAUGCAGAUGCAAUGCAAGAAGAAUUAUACCAAUUUAUUCUUUUAUAUUGUAGUAUCUAGAUUCAUGGAAUAUUAUUUAUUUACAAUGCAAUCUGUAUGAUCACAAUGGGCUGUUUGUUAUUAAACAUAUACUUAAAUGUAAUAUAACGAGCAUAAAAUACUCUCGCGGUAAUACCUUGCGAAUAACGAGGUAAUCGAUUUCGCUUUAACGAAUGCCUAUUUAAUUU